AUGGGUUCAAAUAAUCAUUCGGCACAAAAUAGUUUCGUUCCUAUGUAUAAUGAUGAUAAUAACAUUAAUUAUCCUAAUCCAAAUAGUAAUUCUGUGCCUGAAUUUGAAUUCUUUCUACCUUUAGGCGAUAAAAUCUUUCAUGUUACGUAUACUCAAUUACGCUCAUUUGAUAUCGCAAGAUGCUUAAAUAGCGGUGUUGAUAUUAUUCCUGAUUCGCACUUUCCUUACCACCAAAAUGUACAAAAUUUUAUUAGCCAACAGAUUCAACAGCGAGUUCAACAACAACAUGUUUAUCAGCCUCAGCAACAAUCUCAAAUUUACAACACAAUUCCUAAUUCUCAAGUAGAUAUGAUUCCACCUAAUUCUCAAGGCAAUAAUCCUUCGGAUGGGGUUAUGUCAGAAAUAGGGAUUGGAACCGGUUAA